AUGCUCACUCACAACAGAGGCAGUGCUAUCGAGGUUGAUCUACUCGACAGAGGAUCUUACAACAUAUCCGUGCGGUUAAAGUACCGAAAUGGAGCUACUGUGAUUCGGUUGUCACAGGCUGGUGCCGUUAUGUUCCCUGAGGAGAAAGUCAUGAAUGAAGUUGCUACAAUGCGAUUUCUCAUGGAUCAGACAAUAAUAUCCCUUCCUCUCAUUCUUCACUCGGGUACAAAGCAAGAGAGCCCCCUCGAACUUGGUUCAUUUAUCAUGAUGGAAUAUAUCGAGCACGAAACAAAAAUGUACGCUGCUCUUAACACACCCGAUUGUCCGAUAGAGGUGCGUGGGGUUCUAGACCCAAACAUCGACGAAGGCAGGCUUGAACUACUGUACAGUCAGCUAGCGGGCAUCUUGCUUCAGCUCUCUAUCCCCUCUUUGCCUCGUAUCGGAUCGCUCAGCCAAAUCGACGAUUUCACUUGGGACGUCACACGUCGGCCUUUAACAAUGAACAUGAACGAUCUUGUCCAACGUGGAGGCUUACCUCAGUCGAAGCUUCCCGAUGUAAAUACUACGUUCGACACAUCUUCAUCAUACAUGGAAGUUCUUGCAGAUAUGAACAUCGAGCAUUUGAUUCAUCAAAGAAACGACUGCGUGGAUCCCGUAGAUCCCGCAGACGACUGUCGGCGAAAAUUCGUGGCACGGAAGCUUUUUCGCAAGCUAGCCAGGGAGAAGAAACUCACGAACCCCCUACUCGAGAAAGGGCCUUUCAAAAUCUGGUGUGAUGAUCUACGGCCGGCUAAUAUACUACUCAAUGAGAAUCCUGCACGAAUUGCCGGGCUAGUUGAUUGGGAGUUCACGUAUGCAGCCCCCGUUGAAUUCUCCUAUGCGCCUCCCUGGUGGUUGCUUAUUGAGAAGCCUGAAUUCUGGUCAGAGGGUAUUGAGGACUGGACAAGGGUGUUUGACCGCCGUCUAAAGACGUUUCUUAAGGCGAUGAAGGAUUGCGAAGACGCAGCAAUCCAAAAAGGCCGGCUGAGAGAAGACCAGCGACUUUCAGGUCCUAUGUAUGAGAGCUGGGAUAGUGGUCAGUUCUGGAUUAUGUAUGCGGUGAUGCAUAGCUUUGCAUUUGAUGAGAUUUACUGGCGGAAGAUUGACCCGCGGUUUUUUGGGCCUACUAAGGAUAUUGAGGGAGCAUGGAAAAAGAGACUGGGCUUAUUGGAUGAGAAGGAAAGAGAAGAAAUGGAACAACUGGUUGCUCGAAAGUUGGUGGAAAUGGAAACCAGGGUUCUCUCGUGGGAUCCAGAUGAAUACACUCUGGCGUUCCGCGAGAAAUUGGAGUGUGAAAAAAAAAGCGAAAGUCGAAAAGAGCCUAGAAGAGAGCAUGAAUAG